AUGGCGCGUGAUCUAAACAACAAGGUAGCGGUGAUCACAGGAGGUAUACAAGGCAUAGGGCUAGAAAUAACUAAAGCAUUUCUCAAGAAAGGUGUAAAGAAGGUAAUCUUACUUGACCUCAACGAGAAAUCUGGUGCCGAAAUUGCAAACAUCCUAAAUUCGGAGUACGGUAACAACAAAGCUGUUUUCAUCCAAUGUGACAUCACUACAGACUUAGAAGUAGUUUCGAAACUUAUUUUUGAUAAAUACAAACCAGUCGACAUUUUAGUUAACAAUGCUGGAGUUUUUUGCGAGGAUAACCCGAAGAAAUGCAUGGAAGUCAAUGCAACAGCUCUCAUAGAAUGGACUCUCAAAUUUUGGGAGCACAUGAGGAAGGAUAAAGGUGGAAAUGGUGGGACAAUUUUAAAUACGGCUUCGAUUUACAGUUACAGAAUAGACCCAUUCUGUGCAGUAUAUAGGGCAUCCAAAUUUGCGGUCUUGGGGUUCACGAAGACCCUUGGACUUGAAUAUCAUUAUGCUAAAUCUAGUGUACGUGUUAUAGCCAUCUGUCCUGGAUACACGAGAACGAAGAUAGUCACCGCUACAGCUGAACAAGAGCAAGUGCAACAAGACUACGACAAGUUCUUGAAAACGGACGUUGUUUGGCAGGACCCUGAUGCGGUAGGGCGAGCUGCAGUAGAGGUGUUCGAGUGCGCUGAUAGUGGAACAGCCUGGGUGAUAGAGGGUGAUCGCGCUAUUGAGAAAGUUUGA